AUGUCAGGAGAACCGGAAAUUCAGUAUUUCUGCAGUACAAAGUUGUUAAAAUAUUUAAGAACAAAGGUGGGUUGGGAUUUCAUCCGGUUCUCACAAUUUUCUCCAUGUGUAUUUGUGGAUGCGUUUGCUGCAAUUUCAUUCAUUUUGAUGGCUAGAUUUUUUUUUGUGACCGAAUUAUGGUGCUUGGUAAUAUAUGCAGAUUCUCAAGAUGAUGAACCUGCGAAGCCCAAGAAACUUGCGAUUGGUAUACCAGGUGGCUUUGAACUACCUGAGGAUAAAUACACCGUCAUCGAGAGGUAUGUUGCACAAUGUAUAGAAUUGAUGGCCUUUAGGUGUGACUUUGCCAAAUAUAAAAGAUCACAACACGUCAAACUAAAUGAGCAGAAUUUCAAACGAUGUGUAAUUACUGCCACUGAGACCAUCUCUCACUGA